AUCUCUUAAUUUAAAAUAUUUAUAUCUAGUUUUUCUAAUAAAUUGAGGCCUCUUUGGUGGCUAAUAACAAUAAUAUAAUUAUUUUCAUAAGCUAGGGAAUAACAAUGCAUAAAGAUUAAUAGUGUAAUAAUCCCCUAACAAAUAUGGCUGGGGAGGAUAUUGUAAAGUUUGGGUGUUACAGCAGAAAAGACUCUGCCCCCCAAUUAGCCACACAGCUUACCUCUGAAGCUUUGCUCUCCUGAAGCAAGCAGAUGUAAACAUCUUCAAUAUAUAAGGUAUUUCAUCUAUGAAAUAGCAAGGACGAACAGAAUAGCACUUAUAGCUACAAAAGAGGCAAUCAUACAUAGCAACAUCACAGAUACAACAAUGAGUAACUCAAAUUCUGCUGCUUCAGUUCAUAAGCAAGACGGGAAACAAAAACGAGCUAAAAAAACAGAAUUGCAAGAAGAAAGUGAGGGCUACCGUUCUUCUGGGGACCUUACAACAGAGUGUCAAUCACAAGAUCCACCCAGAGAAGUCGUUCCAUAUGGUGAAUCAGAGGUUGCGUGCAGAGAAGAGGCACCUCCAACUGCUUAUGAAAAUGGUGUCUGCCAGUCACCUCACCACCCAAGAUGGUGGCUACCAAGCAUACGAAAAGAUGACGAAUUCUUCCAUUUUGUCAUUCUUUGUUUUGCCGCUGGAACCUUAUUGGUUUGCUAUUACAAAUAUAAAGACUGGACCGUUUCCCUUGGUAUUGGCUUGAUGACCUUUGCGGCCUUAGAAACAACCGGCAUAUAUUUUGGUCUAGUGUACCGCAUUCGAAGUAUCUUGGAAGGUUUUAUCCCCCUGCUUCAGAGAGUCAAAAUGCCUGGUUUGAGAAAGGUGAACUAAAUGGAAGAGGUCAAGAAUGCUGGGCAAAUCCUGUUCUAACAAGGUGUUUAAAAGGCUACUGUGGCUAAUAGAAGAUAAUGCGUUAGCAGUACAAAUGGGGAAUUUCCUCAGCUGGAGAGAAGAAUGCUGCUGCGGUGGCUCCUUUGCCUCCUUUAUGUAUGCUGUGGCAAAUGAAAUGUAUGUGUAAAAGUUUCCUUCCUUCCGGUGAUCAUUGGGUCUAUGGUUAGCUGGCCCACUGCCUUCUGCAUGAACAAAUAUCAGUAUUUUUCACACUCUGUUUUGUAUUCUACUGUGCACCAGGUUUCACAAACACCAAACAUUAUUGCUCUUCUCACUGUCUAAAAUCACCACUACCCCUCACCUGGCCAGGAGGAAGUUCCUGUCUAUGGAAUAUGACUACCUGAUGAACACUGCUUUUACAUGUUCCACGAGCCAGCUCAUAUUACAUGAUGAGUAGCAAGUGCAGUAGCUUCAAGAUAAUUUUCUCAAGCCAUUUGUGACUGUGUGGAGAAAGUCAGCCAAUCUACAUUGUAAUCGCUCCACAUGAACAUCCCCAUUCUGUGCCAACACGUGGAACCAUUUGAAGUGACUUCCACAUGGCAGCCUUGAUGCCCAGUGCCAUUAUUGUUGGGCAACUUCUACCGCUGCCCUAGGCAGGCUCUCUCCCCUCAUUGUCCCCAUCAUCCAUUUGCUUACCCAGCCCCACUGCAGGGUUUGCCAGUCCUCCAGAACGAAGACCUGUUUCUUGCUAACACAUGGGAUAAGCUAUAGAAAAAGUUAUGCUACAUAAUUCAAAUAAUGGGCAAUCGUAAUGCCCACAUCGUAAGAGUGUUAUUUAAUGGUAGACUUAGACAAACCUUUUUUAUGGGCCCAAUUUCCCCAUCUCUUCAAAGAGCAGCCUUCUGUUGCUCCUGCGGUUAUCUGGAAUGAAGUGAGUGGGACAUCAAACACAAUGCCAUGCACUACAUCUGGUGCACAAUUCAGUGCACCUUUAUCAGUGUACUGUGUGUUUUGGUAAGGCAUACUUAGGCAAGGGCUUGGUAGUGCAAAUCUGUGGUAGGGAGCAAAGUAUUUAUAUUGCUAGAUGAAAGCUGUAAGAACCCUGAAGUGUGUACAAUGCACCUGACUUGCUUUUGUUCAUUGAUGUUUAAUGACUUUUGGCAGGGGUUAUUUUCUCUUUUGGCCAUUUGCCCAAGGCUGGAGCUUCAGGACCUCUUCCAACCUUCGCUCUUGAUAAUUUUGCAAUUUUUUUUUAAAAUCAGGGGAUUUUUUGUGACAAGGAAUUUUGUGAAAAGUGAAUACAAGUUCAAAGGGGAAAAAGUAAACUAUAUUUGGAAGAUCUGAUAAGACUGUUACUUCUAACUGGUAAGAAUCAUACACAAUGUAGCUGAAAUCUAGACAAAUAUGUUGAAACAAAUGCUUUGUAAACUAACAGCUAUCACACAGGAGAAUAGCAAAUAUAUUAAAAAGACAUAUCUAAAAUUAGGAGGUGGGGGUAAAUACUUGAAAUUGUUAAUGUAAUCCAGCUAUUAAACUAACAAUAUUUUAAGUUCAACUAAAA